AUGGCACUGAAGCUACCAUAUGAUUUGGAAGAGGAAAUUCUCGCCAGAGUUCCAUGGAAAUAUUUUGCAACGUUGAGAUGUGUAUGUAAGCUUUGGAAUAGUCUUAUAUUGGAAGAGAGACUCAACAAGAAGAACUUGUCGUUUCACAUGCACAGCUAUAGUGGUGAGCAUCGGUUUAUACUCAAAGACACUGGUCCUACGAUUUCUGCCGUGGGCAUUGAGGAGCAGAAAAACGUGGUCGAUCCUCCGUCCUUGAUCGUCCAAGACUUUACCCUUAUAAAAGCUCGAACAUGUAAUCCUGUUAGGGUGUACAAGACUGUUCAUUGCGACGGUUUGUUGUUGUGUGUCAUGGACAACCAGCUUGUGGUUAGGAACCCGUUACUGAAGGAAACAACCUGGAUCAAAUGCGGUAGUGACUUUCACCAACGAGAUGAUGCUUACAGCCUUGGAUACCUCAGCCACUGUGAUUACAGGAUCUUAAGGUUUCGUUGUGCUAGUAAUUCCAGAAAUAGACCUUCAAGGGUCGAGGUCUGUGAAGUUGCAUCCAAGACAUGGAAGGUUAUAGAUAACAUCAGUUUUGAUUGGUUCCUUAGCGUGCCGUUGUCGAUCCUCUCUCUGAGAGGAACUCCUUAUUGUAUAGGUCUUCGAGAAGAUCAUACAGCUUUUGUACAAAGCUAUGAUUUUUACAAAGAAAGGUUUCAGCCCAUAGAUGACUUGCCAUUCAGCUAUGAUGAGUUGAAUCCUAUUGCACUAGAGAUUUAUAAAGGAGAUAGGCUUUCGGUGUUGGAGCAAUGUCACAAAACAAGGAAGAUAUGCAUAUGGGUGAAGCAUUGGCUCAUGCUUACUUCUUGGACCAAAUUGGUGGUCGUGGACAUACCAGAGUUUCCGCUUAUAUAUCCACGUCUUGCCCUCCUUUCUACAAAUUAUUAUUUCGACAAAAACAAUAGGCUUGUUAUAACUUGUAAUGAUACUGACAUGAAGGGUCUAUCUAUUAUCAGAGUCAUCAACGACAAGGAGUUCCAAGUAAUUAAAGCAGAUGAAGGGGAAUGUGGUUUUCCUUUUUUUAUGCAGCUACGUUCCAAGCUUUGUUAGGCUUCCAGGGUUUUCGAAGCAAGACACAAGUCGGAUUCGCUGGAGAAAACGUAGAUUCAACUAGUUUACGUAUAUACGUAUUUUUUCCUUUCAUGUGAUUUGUUUCUUUCUCUUUGAUUUGGACUAUUAAACCAUGCAUGCAUCUUUGUUAUUUGGAAAGUGUCGAAAACAAAAAAAAAGUGUUAAAUUUUGUUUUACUUGCUCUAUACGUAAAAUACGUGAUUUUGUUAACCUUACUUUCUUUUAGUUACUUUUUGAGAUUUAUGGUAGAACAAAACUUAGGUUCACUCUUAAAUUCACCUCCCCUAUUAUUACCAAUCAAAAUGCUACAUAGAUUAAUAAUAAAAUACAUUAUUUUUUUUAAAAAAAAUCUAAAAUAAUUGAAAAAAAUAAUGACGCUCAUUUUAAUGACGCUAAUGCCACUAACUAAACUCUAAAUCUUUAAAUCUAAAUCCUAAAUUUUAAAUCUAAACCCUAAACCCUAAAUUUUAAACCCAAAAUCUAAACCCUAAACUCAAACCGUAAACUCUAAACCCAAACCCUAGACCUUAAACUAAAACUCUAGAUCCUAAACCCAAACCUAGACUCUAAACCUAAAUCUUAAACCCUAAAGAAACAACAUCAACGUUAACCCAAACCUUUAGGAUAUAGGAAUUGGGUUCAAGGUUUACGACUUGAGUUUAGGGUGUAGGGAUUAGGUUUGGAUAUAUGGUUUGAGUUUAUAGUCUAUAAUUUGGGUUUAGGAUAUAUGGUUUGGGUUUAGGGUUUACGGCUUGGGUUUAGGGUUUAGGAUUUGGGUUAGGAUAUAGGGUUUGGGUUUAGGAUUUACGGUUUGGGUUUAGGAUUUAGGAUUUGGGUUUAAGAUUUAGGGUUUAGGGUAUAAAUUUAAAGUUUAGGGUUUAGUUAGUGGUGUUAGCAUCAUUAAAAUUGACGUUUUUAUUUUUUUUUUAAUUAUUUCAGAUUUUUUUAAAUAAAAUUAAUCUAUUUUAUUAUUAAUCUAGGUAGCAUUUUUAUUGUUAAUAAGAAGAUAGAUGAAUUUAAAGGUUCACUCUAGGGGUAAACGUAAGUCUUGUUCUUUAUGUUAUACUAGGACAUGCGCUUUGCGCGUAGUGAAUUUAUAUGAAAAUUAUUUAAGAAUUAUCGUAUGGAAAAAUAAAGUUUAUAUUCUUUGAUCGAAUUAAAAUUUUUUAUCCUUAAGCAAGUUUUUAAAAACUUUUUGUUAAUUACAUAAUUUAUUUACUGAUGAACUUAUCCCAUUUUUUAAAAUAUUUUAGGUCAAAAAAUCACUUUUCGCAUCAGAACCUAACGGUUAGACCAAAGAAUUACAGGCCUACUAUUUUGUUAUAAUAAAAAUAUGUCAGCUCAAUUUUAAAUUAUGAUUUAGCAAUUUAAAAUUUAAUUAUUGUUAUGAGAACUUUGCGUUCACUGUCAAUCCUAUCCAUCUUCAAUAUUUUUCUCAUUUUUGCAUCGUUUUUUUAUUUUGGUUAUUGCUCGAUAUAAAUAUUGAUUUUUGAGUUUAUUCUUAUUU